GGCCUCAUAAUUUGCAGAAGGACGGUAGCAGAAGACCACUCGUGCUUGUAAUUCUCUCUAAAAAGAUUAAUUUUUACUGAUAUUCGGGUGACAUCUAUACGCUCAAGAUGGCAGACGGAAGCGAACAAAAGUCUUUACCAAUUUAUACUGUUGAUGCCUUUGCAAGUGCUCCAUUUACGGGGAAUUCUGCUGCGGUGUGUCCUAUUUCAAGCGCUGAAGAGGACAUCCCAGAUGAUCUGAAAUGCCGAAUCGCCAUGGAGAUGAAUAUAUCUGAGACAGCAUUUGUUCAUCCAGCUAAGUCGGGAGAGACAUUCCAAAAUGCUUCUGAAUUCAACCUACGCUGGUUCACCCCUAUCAACGAGGUCAAGCUUUGUGGACACGCUACCAUGGCAACAGCUACGACCAUCUUCAGAGCAUUAGGAAACGAAGGAAGUGAGCUUCGGUUCAACACUCUGAGUGGUCAGUUGGUUGCCAAGAGGGAUGGUCAGCUAAUCACAUUGAACCUGCCGGUCAACCCGUGCAGUCCAAAGGUUCCAGAAAAUCUUGAUGGUUUAAUCCAGGAGGUACUUGGUAACUUGACACCGUGUGCUACCCAGCAUGCACCUGGUGGUGACCCGGAUAUACUCCUCAGAAUCCCUGAUAAGUGUGGCAGAGCCUCGCUUGAAGGAUUGACACCAAAUAUUAGCAAGUUCAUGAGUCAUCACAAUACUGGGGAGGUCAAAGGGGUCAUCGUUACGGUGAAAGCCAGUGGAGAGGUCAAUGAGGAUGGGACUCCAUAUGACUUCUUCUCCCGCUACUUUGCUCCUUGGAAUGGAAUACUAGAAGAUCCUGUUACAGGUGCAGCACACACGGUUCUGUCAGACUACUGGUCGGGGGUACUUGGAAAGCAAGAACUCUUUGCUCGCCAGUGUUCGAAGCGAGGAGGCGAUGUGCGAAUCCGACUCCUUGGAGAUAACAGAGUAGAGCUUGCCGGUAAAGCAGCGCUCGUCAUCCAAGGCAAAAUAAACAUCUAAAGGCAAAAGAGGGCAGCAGACAAUUAGAUCAAGAGUGAGCAAGAGAGGUAGUUUGGAGGUACCACCCCCUCCCCUAGUCUGCAGGCACAGACCUUAUGAUUUUUGCAUAGUGCAUAAUGCAUAGUCCGAAGUAAUGAGACUAGAUUCAUUGUGUACUGUGGCUGGCUCUAUACAAACAGAGAGGCCAAAAUUUACAAAGGUGGUUUUGAAAACCCACGGUUGAGUCCAUGGUUCAUGCAGAUUUUGUGUAUAAAUUAUGCUUAAUUCAGCGCAUAUCGGGCGUGUGUGUAAAAAAUUCCAAUGCUGA